AUGUUGGUCCCGUGUAGUACCAAUAGUCUUCCGGCGAAACUUUCUGUUCGUGUGAUAUCGGCUCGCGGAUUACCUGUCAUGGAUAAGUCUAAUGUCACUACGGAUGCUUUCGUUGAAGUUCAUUUCGAAAAUGAGGUUUACAAAACCGAUGUCUGCAGCAAAAGUUUGUCGCCGGUCUGGAAUUCCGAUGUGUUUGUUUUUGAGACAGAUGAACAACAGUUAUUUGAUAAUCCGAUCCAGUUCCGUGUAAUGGAUCAUGACACAUACAGUGCAAAUGAUGCCAUUGGACGUGUCUUUUACGAUGCCAAUUUGUUAGUUUCUAAAAUAAGGUGCAGCAAAGCCGAUGGUAAUAGUAUGGAGUUCACAAAUUGGCUGCCAAUUUAUGAUUCGGUUUACGGAAUAAGAGGCGAAAUUCAGAUAUCCAUCUCGCUUAAAUUACUGUUAUCAAAUGAUCACGGAUAUGUGCGUAUACUUUCAGCUAGCAUUAUCUCAACAUUAUCAAUGAACGAUAUUAUUGGAUUGGUUUCUGAUGUAGCUACAGUGACUGAUCCUGAAUACGAAUGGAUUGACAGGAUUCGUUCUCCACGUGCUUCUAAUGAGGCUCGACAAAGCAUAAUUCGGAAGUCGUUACGCGAAUUAGCUAGAAAUAUUGCACAGAAAGCGCAUUCUCUCGGGUCGAAUGCAAUCCUUGGGUAUCAUGAAUUUGUUGAUAUCGAAGGCGAUGCUACCGAGCUGAUUACAUUUCGAGCAUUUGGAACAGCAGUCAGACUGUCGCAGACAGAUGAGAAAGUUGCAGCCGAAAGUAUACUGCAUCAUGUGUUGUCAUUGAAGGUUUUACCGGAUAUAUACAGAUAUAAAUGUGGUGUUGUUGUUUGCGCUCGUUCCGCUCAUGUGCUGACAGAUGAUAGUGAUGCUGCUAUGAUCAGAAAAAAAUGGUGGGACGACUUGAAGAUCGAACUUAUUCGUCAAACAUUAAGUUUACGCUGCAAUUUAAUUAUUGGCUACACAGAACAAAUCAGUAUUCGUAAGAAAAUGGCGUUGUUAAGCUGUACAGGGACUGCUAUAUCCGUCAUUUUAGCAGGGACUAAGCAUGUUCCGGAUUGUAUUAGGUUCCAUACUGCAUGCUUCGAUGGCGAUGCAUCAACCAAUCAAAACGUAAAUGUGUGUUCCUGUUGCAAAUUACCUGAUGCAGUUUGCCCCGAUAUCAUCUUGAACAGUUGUUCAUUACCUGCAUCAGACUAUCUACAUGGCACCGUCCGGCCAUUGCAAGUUCAUCUUAAACGUGAAGUGAAUUUCUCAGAAAGCGACGAUCAGUUGGCUUCUACUAUUAGCCACUCGCUGCCGUUUUUGGAACACGAACUUUAUAGUAAGCUGAUGGAAGAAAUGCGGAGCGGAAAUACGAAAUACAAUGCAGUUUUCGAUUUAAAACCUGUCAUUGUUAUCCAAGAAGGCGCUUUAUUUGCUGUUAUUACGGGUACGUUAUGUACCCUAAAGGCACUACUGAAAACCGAUGAUCCCCACAUACUAAGUUGUUCCGAUUCUGUUCCUCAGAGUGAUGAUGUUCGCCCAACACCACGAGUGGGAUUAUUAGACGCAGCUCGCAUUUUACGUACUCCCAGAUCUUCCGAUAAAGCUGGAUUACGCUUGCACCCAUUGCAUAUUCGGGAACAUACAGAUAACUUCAUAAAUGGGCCACCGCAAUCAAAUUACAAAAAAAUAGUUAAAUGUUUUCGGAAGAAGGUUAUUGACCGUGAGCGUCUAGCAAAGAUGAUUUCGGAACGCGAAAUCAGUUUACAACUUGGUGCAUUUGAUGAUAUAAAAUCGGCUACCUGGUCGCCCAGCACAUAUUCUGGUAUCAGAAUAAGCAACAGUUCGAAAUUUAACAUCAUUGCAAAAUCUUCUAAAUCUUCCAACAUUCCACAAAGGUAUACUGGAGUUUUAAUUCGUGAAGUGACGAGGACAAUGGAAGAUAUUGCUGAACUCGAUGCAUUCCUGGAUGGAGCUUUACGUGACUUAGUGAGCUUGGCAACUAGCAAUGUUGAAACUGUUGGCGCCUCAUCAUUUUCUGUUUUCAAAGUACCUUCAGUGAGUCUUUCGAUCUCCCGUGAUCAGGCAUCACUUUUAUUAUUUAUUACGACCGACUUUGAUUGUCCAUUUAAUUUGUAGAAUUGCUGUUAACAACAAACAAUAUUUGGAAUGAAAGAGUAGAGUUUCCACUUUCUAGUCAUGUAAAGUUUCUAACUUUGAAUCUGUUCGGUCUGUUCGGUAAUUUAUCAGUUAAGUUUGUUUAUUUAACUCAUUCACGUUUAUUGUCCAUUUGUUUACUUAUCACGACAGAUACAGAGAAAUUUGAAUUCCACUGCAAAAUUCAAUGGAAAGGUUCGUCAGUAUCGAUCACGUUUUUUUCAAAAUAUAUUGUUCAAAAUUAGUGUAGGAUGGUUAUGUCACCAAUAUAAUUUUUCACUCGCGACUGACAAUUCAUAAUAAAUAUAACUCCUCGCUAGUUGAUAACUAUUCAUAAUAUUUGAACACGUAGAAAAUGUUGUGACUUCAACAAUAGAAUUUGAGCAAGAUAUAUUGAGCAACUAUAAGUCUUCUGGAAUAUCUAAGAAUG